UUGAUUCGUUCAAUUGAAUUUGUUAUGAUUAAAACGAGCUAGUUCUGGUAAGGAGGUGCGGCCACAAAUUUGAGCAAGAAAAAGGAAUGCUGAAAAAAUACGAUAAUCUACUUAGUUAAUCUAUUUUAAUACGUGGGCAGAUCGUUAAAUGUACUUUAUUCGAUAUAAGAGUAAUCCAAUCAAAUAGAAGCCAAUAAUAAUAUAAGGUGUGCUACUUGAAACAGUAAAAAACAACAACGCACUCUGAAAGUAUGGCGCAAGGAAGUGAUCUAAACUUUAAAGGAAGAAAAACCUCAGAAAAAAUUUCUGAAAAUGUACACAUAUUCGCCAACGAUCCCUCUUUAGCGUUCUUUCGAGUUCAGGAACACAUUCGUAAGGUGCUUCCUGCAAUCCUAGAGAAACGAACCGAAGUUCUUAGCUUACAAAGCAACUUACAAGGACAUUGCUUCGAUAUGGAAUAUGGUGUGCAAGCACUUAAGUCGAUAGAAAAAUCAGAAAAUACUUUUUACAAUAUACAAGAAAUUAUGAAGACUUCAAUUUUCCUAAAACAGCAACUAAAGUAUGAAGAAAGUCGGAAGAAAACAAAAAAGGACAGCAUCAAAAACUCUGUAUAUAAACGAUUUUCAGCGCACCUUGCAUUAGAUCUUCCAGAUUUAUCUGACUUUAGCGGGGUUAUGCGUGACACAACCCAACGAAUGGAGACAAUAAUAGCAACAGGUCAAGCUCGACAAGACAGUUCAACAGCUCAACCUAAUUCCGUUGAGUUUCAAAGGUCACACACAACCUUACAUUAGCUUGUAAUCUUUUGUGCAAGGUUCUCAAGAAAAAUUAUGUUUAAUACUAUUUGUGAUUAAUGUGUAGUGUUAAGAAUUCAACCACAUUCUUCUAUGUAUCCUCGAAGAUUUUAUUUUUACUAA